AUGUGGAUGUUAACACGUAAUGGGGUGUUUUCAGUGAAGUCGUCUUAUAGAAAACUGGUUGAAUUGAAGAAUGUAAAUAGUACCUUCGACGAGGAAGCAUCUAAGCUCUGGAAAAAGCUUUGGGAUAUUCCUACACUGCCAAAAUUCAAGCAUUUCUUAUGGAAGUGCAUGAUAGAUGUUAUGCCAUCAAAUGAGAGAAUGGCUAGAGUAAUGGGAUACACAGGAGAUCAAUACAAGAUGUGUCAGAAUGGUACUGAAAUAACGAAACAUAUUCUAUGGGAAUGUUCGUUCUCUAGGGAAGUUUGGACUACACGUCCUGGGGAGAGAAGAAGCAUGAUGAAUCCAGAUACCAGUGUACAAGAAUGGAUAAAAAGUUGGUUCAACAGUGAGUUCUCUCAGAUUGAAGAUGACUGGAUUGUUAAGAUGGCAAAUACAACAUGGGAGAUAUGGAAAGAAUGCUGCAAGUGUGUGUUUGACAAUGCCAGACCAAACCCAGUGGGAGUCAUUAAAUCAAUCGAGCUACUAAAUGCUACAACAGGACAGAAAAUGGUGCACAAACACCAAACUGAAGUUUAUGUCAUUGACAGUGGAACAUCUGUUACCAAAUGGAUGCCUCCAUCCUCACCUUAUUACUCUAUAUGCUGUGAUGCCUCUUUUAAAUCUGUUAAUAAUGUUGAACAUUCUGGAUGGGGACUGAUUUGUCGUGAUUUUGCAGGUCAAUUCAUCCGAGAUGAAUGCAUCUAUGCUAAUGGAAUCGUGAACGCAGAGGAAGCUGAGUGCAAGGGAUUGAUUCAGGCUAUGCAAGUUGCUGAAAAUAUAGAGCUACAGAUGGUGUGCUUUGAGUUAGAUGCGAAGCUGGUCAUCAAGGCUGUAAAUGGAGACAUACAAGUAGUUGCAUGGCAGAACCAAGUCCUAAUUUUUAGAGAUAAGGUCUUUUUUAGGAAAACAUCCUUUAUGGGUUUGCAAAUUUUUAAGUAG